AUGAACUCACGAGCUCAGGUCGACUUGAUCGAUAUGCAGAGCCAGCCAGAUGGAAAACAUCGUUUCAUUCUGAACUACCAGGAUCACUUGACGAAGAUGGUGUGUCUUCCGGGCUCUACAGACGAAAAACUGCUGAAGAGGUUGCUUUCCACCUCGUUGAUAUAUUCUGUGACAAAGGAGCCCCCCAUAUCCUGCAGUCUGACAAUGGAAGAAGAAUUCUCAAAUAAGCUUGUCAAGGAAGUUCUGAUGAUGUGGCCAGAGUGCAAGAUGGUUCAUGGCAAACCACGACAUUCCCAAUCGCAGGGCUCGGUGGAACGUGCCAACAGGGAUAUUGAAGCCAUUCUCGCAUGUUGGAUGUUGGACUGCGCUUUGUCCAGUGGAAGAAAAAAUACCCGCUUUCACUCCGGAAUUGGAAGGACACCAUAUGAGGCCAUGUAUGGACAGAAGGCUCGUCUUGGUGUUGACGCAAAUUUCUGUACCAGAGGAAAGUCCUGGACGGAGCGGGAAGUAAGUCUGCGGGAAGUAGCAAUUGCAGAAUCAAUGGGACAAGAGGCAAAGAAAACACUAAUAUUUGAAUCAGUUCUGGGUACCAAUUUUAAUAUAUGCUUCAGAAAGUUGGACAUCAAUAACAAGAGACUGGAGCAGAAUUUCAAUCGGCAGAAAUGA